CUCUCAGCAGGAUGAACAAAACCGAGUCAAGCAACGUCAGUAACUACUGUCAUUUUCAAGAAGGCUUUAAAUACAUUCUCCUCCCCGUCAGCUACAGUUUGGUGUUUGUGGUCGGCCUGGCAUUGAAUUCCACUGCGCUAUACAUGAUUGUGUUCCGCACAAAAUGCUGGAAACCAUCUACUAUCUACAUGUUCAAUCUGACCAUGUGUGACACACUCUAUAUUGUCACGCUGCCUUUUCUCAUCUACUACUAUGCAGAUGGAAAUGAUUGGCCCUUUGGUGAAUUCCUCUGCAAGAUCAUACGCUUCCUGUUUUAUGCCAAUUUAUAUGGUUCUAUUCUGUUUCUGUGCUGCAUCAGUCUGCAUCGCUUUGUUGGAAUCUGUUAUCCUGUCCAAUCCCUAAAAUGGUUCAGUGCUGGUCGGGCCAGACUGGUGUCUGUGGCGGUUUGGGCAUGCGUUUUAUUCUGCCAGGCACCUAUUCUUUACUUCUCAAGAACAAGGGAUGCGGCAACAGAGAGGAUUUGCUACGACACAACAAGCCCAGAACUCUUUGAUGACUUCCUGGUGUACAGCUCAGCCGUGUCGGUGUUCAUGUUUGCUGUGCCUUUCAUGGUGGUGAUGGUGUGCUAUGGACUGAUGGUACGCAAACUCCUGGAGCCCGGUUGGGGUGAUGGAGUAGCCCAGAGUGAGGUAGGGGGCCGGGCGGCCCUCCGAAUGAAGCAGAAGUCCGUGAAGAUGAUCAUCAUCGUGCUGGCGGCCUUCAUGCUUUGUUUUCUACCUUUUCACCUUACCAGGAGUUUGUACUACUCCUUCAGAUACUUGAGGCAGCUCAAUCCUGCACAAAUGAGCUGUAACCUGUUGGAGGCCUCCAGUAUUGCCUACAAGGUGACCCGUCCGUUGGCCAGUGCCAACAGUUGUGUGGACCCCAUCCUUUACUUCUUAGCUGGCCAGGAUGUCCGUUGUACCCUCAACAUGAAGAGAUCACGCUCGCUCCCCGAAACCCAAUGAUGUGAUCCAAUGACAAUAGAAGUCAUCAUUAUAACCUCUGAUGCACUCACGGCCAUUGAUUUUUCACCUCUUAUUACUUGUGAAAUCUCUCCACUGCAUAUUCACACAGCAAUAAUAUGUUUUAUUGCCAAUGGAGACUUUCAUUUUUUACUGUAUAAAACUUUAAACAAGAACUUGUGUGCGCUUAACUUCAUUAAUACUAACCAACAGUCAUAAAAGUGUAAAAAUAACUUAUCAAAAUUUAAUUGCAUGCAUCCUUAACUAUUAUGACACGAGACAGACGCAGUGACAAACCUGGGUUGCUUGAAAAAAAACGGUUUGGUUUUAUGUUUUAUUUUCUGCCAUAUAACUUAAUUCAUAACACACAAUAAGUUGCAAUUAAUAUCCAUCUAUUUUCUAAGCACUUACCCUCACU